GAUAUCAUCACCAUUUAGUACAGAGACAGCAGCCUUGAAUAAUGCUAAAGACCACAGACCAAACUUUCCUUCACAUUACAGAAAAAAACGAAGCAAGAAUGUUUUCAGGAUUCACAAAGUACGUCUCACUAGCCAUCCUGGCUAUCUUCAGCGUAGUUGGGCCCGCUCUGGCAAGUCCAGUGUCACAACCAACGAUCGACAACCCUUGUCGGAUAACAAGCUCUGCUCCUCCCGAGUAUCUGUCCUUGCAACAGGAGAUUACUCUCACAUUGAACGUGUUAGAGACUUUGAGAUCAAGCUGUGAGGAUGGUGUCACUACUAUGACAUAUGAAAAUCUGCUGACCAAUGACGAAAUCGCACCUUUACUCAGUAACCCAAUGUACAAUCUGCAAGGGCUACCCUUUCUGCCAGCUAACAGAAGUAUCAGUGAAGAAAACAUGGCAAGAAUAUUACUCAAGGAUUACCACGAUGUGUCGGUGUUUACAGUUUUCGCCCAACAAGUCUAUGACGAGGAAGAUGGAAAUGAAGUCCUAAAAGCUGACCUCCUGAAAGUCAAACAUUACUUCUACUCCGCUUUGUGCAAGCUGGACACAAUCUUGGGUUCGAUCAACAAUCCUGUCUCAGAUUUUGUUAGUUCUGAUGUGAUGCCAGACACGUUGAAAAAUAUCACAUCAGAUAAGUACAGAUACAUGCGGGCAUUCUUGUUGUUAAAUAGUGCCAUGAAACACAUUGAAGUUCUUCAUAAAGAUUAUGAAAACCUACAAGAAAAUGUCUCCACUGCUUAAAAUGCGUUAAACGCAGUAGGGAAGAAAAAUCAACUAUCAUUUAAUUUUUAUUACAAUUACCAGAGGAGGGUUCAUAGACCCACCGAUGACCAAAGUCUAUCUAUUUAUAAGACGGUACUAUAAUACAGUUAUAGAAGUAUGUCUGUCUCACUUCACAAGAUCUGAAUUUGAAUCCAUGUUUAAAAAUGUCUCCAAAUAUCUUUAAUGCCUUUUUAUUUGAGCAGUGUCUAUAUGUACAUAGUUUAUGUUCUUACAAAUGUGUUUACCUAAUGUUUUAGAAUUUUUACGGGUAAAGACAAGGGCUUUUAAAAGUGACAAACAGUCGUAUAAUAUAUUUAUGCUGAUAGUUCAUUGUCUGAUCUGAUGGAAAUCAAAACAAAUGUACAAGUAUUGUAUUGUUUUUUAAAUUAUAUAUGAAGUGAAACCUGCCUUUUUCCGUUUGUUGUAACCCGGUUGCUGGAACACUAAUCUAUAAUGUACCUAUCUUCUCUUUGUCAUCAUGUUGGUUUACUUCCUGGAUUAAAACAUACAUAGUAAAGCAUAAUAUAUCCCGUGAAGACGGGGUUCAAUUUUUAGUAAAGAGAAAACAAUUUUAAUCCAAGCUAAAGGCACCCUCGAGUCCCUCAUUCUCGUUACGUUUUAAAUGUUAUCAGUAUACCAACCCUAAACACAACAAGAGCCUAACGUCAGUAAAAAUGGAAGACAAGAUCUAAUCAUGUAGAGGUAAUAGCCAGAAUGUUAUACAAAUUCAGAAGACAAACACUUAAGAAAAUUCAUCCAGCAGUGAAAUUCCACAAUUCAGGUACUCACAUUUUCUUUUUGUACAUUUGAAUGACACAUCGAGUUGUAACAUGUUAUGAACAUAAUGAAUAUUUUAUUGUAUAAUAUGAUACUUUACUUUACACAACUGUUGAUUGUUUUGAGCAUGCAAUUUUGUUGUUUCUAUGCCUGUUAACUCUGAUCUUGCUCCGAUCUUUAUUUUUAAAGGGUCGGUAGCGAUCAAAAGUUAUGAGUUCCCAACUCAAUCUGUAUACAAGUCAAGCUGUAUCAGCUGCCAAUCAAAAUGGUUAUAAGUUUUUAAAAUUGUUUAAUGAUUCUUUCCUGCCUUUUUGUUAAGGAUUACGUACAUUUAUAGCCUUUUCUUUUUUAUUGUCUGUUUAAUUUUUUUUUUGGGUUAAAAUACAGUACACAUAUUUUGUAUAUUAUUAUACAUGCCAAAUGUGAAUUUCUCAAUUUAUCUUAAGCUAAUAAAAACGUGUUUAUAUUGCAA